AUGGGUUUUCGUUACGAAGUGGCCCAGAAUGAAGAAACUUCAGUCAACUUCUCCGUAGAUCCAUACGAAGAUAAAUGCCAUUUGGCCGAAGAACGGCAAAAUUGUCUUUUGGAAAGAUUAAGGGCUAAUUGUUCUUUUAAUACUAGCGCAGGGAAACAUACAUUUAUGCUACAACUUAUACUUCUGAGCAAAGUAAAAUUGUCUGACAAGCACAUUAUGAAUAUCCUUGGCCUAAAAGAAUAUAGCACAAACCAUUGCAGGUUAUACAGCCUGAUUUUGAAUUUGCUUGGGCAUAUUGCUAGUCAACUCAAACUUAUUUCAGUUUCUCUUCAUUCCUUCCCAUUAACGGACUUGCAAGAUUUAUGUUAUCGCGUCGCUGAUUGCUUUGACUCUCUAUUCUACGUGCCAGUCACAAGCAGCCAUGAUGAUCUUAGUUGUGCUUUGUCUUUUACUUGGAAUGAUCGCUUUAAUAGCAUGUGGCCCCUUUUGUAUUUAUUGGCUAGAGAAUAUGAGUACAAGUAG